CCAUCACAAAUGGGAUUAGAUGAUGCCAACGAAUUUCCAUUGGCAAUCUAUUGGAAUCGUCCAAUCGCAUUUGUGGGGUCUCCUCGCCGCCACUUAGAGCAGAUUCCGAACGGUCAGAAUGCUGGGGAGGUCUAAUCGUGAAUGAAGUUGAAUCACGACGUAAUCCUAUCCUGUGUUGAACAGUGAUAAAUCACGGUUAAUGACUGACCGUGCUCAUCUCUAGUGAGAAGUAUGUGUUAAUGAUCCCAACAUGGAGUUAAGAAAACAUCGAUUCCUUGAUUAAUCGAUAUCUUAAAACAUCGAGUGGAAUUAUCGAUGUUCACGAAAUAAAGCAUCGACUAUCUAAGAAUCGAUACAACAUCGUCCAUCACUAAACAGAUCCAUGCAGUGGAUAACCACGAUGAUGUAUAGAAUCGCAUAAAAUCAUAGAAUUAUAUAAUACAUACAGGAAGAACACAUCAAUUAACAUUAAUUAUAUUUUCUAUUACGAUUUUUCAAAAUGGCAAAUCGGAUUCUUCGAAUUCAUGGAUUAAUCUCAAAUGCCGUAAAAAUUAACAACAUUAAAAGCAAUGCUUCAGCUCUUGGUCUGUUAAAUACAAAUAUUCCCUUAAUACAAAAUGUCAGGGAAAUUACCAACUUCUUUAAUAAAAAACCAGUAUCAUUAUUAUGGAAGGCUGUUACCAGCGUUAGUAAUGCAGGAAGACGACGGGGCAGAGGAAAAGGUUUACCAAGGAUAAAAAACUUGAACAGAGGUCAAAAAAUAGGAGUUGGAAAGAUUGGAAUGGUGUUCCCAGGUCUAAAUUCUCCACUUUCUAGAGGUACCUCAUAUGUUACACGGGAACCACUUCCUGAUGAUCCUGAGAGGGAAAAGGCAUUAAUUACAUUACAAAAUCAAUACAGUAAUUUUAAACGACAUAAAGUUCAUGCUUUGAAGCGUGGUUGGACUAGUGCCAGUAUAGCGGGCAGAAAGAUGGGACCACCAGAUCCUAUUGAUAAUGAAUCUUUUGAAGGUUUUGAAAGUUGGAUAAUGUUAUGUAAAAUAGUGAACAUCAUGACUAGUCAUUUUGGUCGUACAAAACGGUACCGGAUUUCAAUUGUAACUGGAAAUGGGAAUGGACUUGUUGGUUUUUCAUCAAUAACAGGAGCUGAUGCUAAAGCAACUAUUAAACGAGCUAAAAAUAGAGCUGGACAAAGACUAACCUACUUUGAAAGAUACAAUAAUCAUACAGUACUUUAUGAUUUCUAUACACAAUUUCACAGGACAAAAAUAUUUGUUAGACAAAUGCCUGAAGGUUAUGGAAUUAAGGCUCACAGAAUCAUUAGAGUGAUCUGCGAGGCAGUGGGUAUAAAAAAUAUACAUGCUAAUAUUGAAGGAUCUUUAAAUCCUCAAUAUAUAAUAAAAGCUUUUUUUAUUGGCUUGUUAAAACAGAAAACAUAUCAACAAUUGGCAGAUGAAAAGCAAUUGCAUUUAGUUGAAUUUAAAAAAGAAAGUGAUUAUUUUCCUAAAGUAAUUGCUUCACCAGAAAAUACAAGAUCAGAGAUUCGGUCGCAUGAAGUCAUAAAGUUUAAUUCAUACAUAAUGGGUGGGAAAAUGGUCCUGAAAAAGAAACGCCCUCCACCGUUUUACACAAAAUUACCUUCUUACGAAAAUCACUUACGCAAGAUGGAACGAAGAAGAGAUCAUGAGAAUGUAAGAAUUAGAUUAAAGGCUGAAUAUGGAGAUAUUUGCAGCUUCCUUACAGAAAAAUAUCCAGAAGCAAGAGUUCUGAGAUGGAAAAAGAAGAGAGAGCAACCAACAGAGGAUCAAGAUUAAUGUAACAUCUUAUUAUUUAUAUGACUACAAAUAGUACGGCGAAGUUACCAAUAUGUGUACAAAAUGUUAUUAAACUUCUCUUUACUAUUACAGCAUUUUAUAAUUGCAUAGAUUACCUAGUUCUUUAGGUCUCUUUUUGUGAUGGAUGUAAAUAUUAUGGAACGUUAAACCAACCUCAAAUUUGUUUAAUUUUAAUUCUCAUAGUAAAAACAUUAUCCAGUACUAACAGAAAUUAUAAUAAAACUUUCGAAUUUUUAAAGAUUAGGCAACGCGCGAAAAGAUAUUAAAUGUUAACACUUUGUACUUAAAUGGUGAAUCUGUGAGGCACCAUUAAAAAUUAUUACAUAACAUUCUAAAAUGAUUUUUGUAUAAUUAAAUUUUUUUAUAUUUAAAAAACUAUUAGAAGUAUAAGAGUUGUACGAGUCAUAAGACUCAAUUUCAUAUGCAUAAAAUGCACUAAGUCAUAUCACUACCUCACGAGUGAACAAAAGAUCGAAUUUUAGCCAAAAUUGUCAUUGUUUUCAAUAAAACGAAUUGUUUCUAAAUCAAA